UGAGGCCAUGGUGUUGGUGCUGCGAGCCCUGCUGCCCUGCCUCUGCACCCUGCUUUCCCUGGACCUGCUGCCUGGGGUGGUACCAGCUGUGCCCCUGAAGGACUUCUACCCUUUUGGCCAGGACAAGGGGGAUUCCCAGACCAUCACUCAGGACGACGGAGGAUCUGGGCUUGUGGAGAUCUCUGUUGCUUUCCCCUUCUUUGGAGACAGGCACACAGGACUCUAUGUCAACAACAAUGGCCUUGUAUCUUUCCUGAGGGAGGUGUCUCAGUUCACACCUGUAGCCUUUCCGAUUGCUGGGGAUAGGAGAGUGGUGGCACCAUUCUGGGCUGAUGUGGACAACCGCCGGGCAGGUAGAGUCUUCUACAGGGAGAGCCAGGAGCCUUCCAUCCUGAGCAGGGCUUCGAGUGAUGUCAGGACAUACUUUUCAGAGUUUCCCAACUUCAACGCGACAUGGGUCCUCAUCUCAACAUGGCACCAAGUUACGUUCUUUGGAGGCAACUCCCUCACACCGGUAAAUACUUUCCAAGUGGUGCUCAUUACAGAUGGAGAGCUUUCCUUCACUAUAUUCCAGUACAAUAACAUCACCUGGACCACAGGCAUGCAUGCCAGCAGUGGAGGAAACCUGGCUGGGCUGGAAGGGAUUGCAGCACAGGCAGGUUUUAAUGCUGGAGAUGGCACGCGCUAUUUCAACAUCCCCAGCUCUCGCACAGCUGACGUGGUGAACGUAGAGGGAACCACCAACGUGGGUUACCCAGGCAGAUGGGUCUUCCGCAUAGAUGAUGCAAAUGUAGAAGUGGGUGGUUGCAAUAACUCCGCAUCAGUGUGCCCACACCUGCGACCAUGCCUGAAUGGAGGCCAGUGCAUUGAUGACUGUAUCACAGGCAACCCCUCCUUCACUUGCUCCUGCUUGGCUGGCUUCACUGGUCGACAAUGUCAAAUUGAUGUCGAUGAGUGUGCCUCAUAUCCUUGCCAGAAUGGAGGGACUUGUAAAGACCUGAUUAAUAGUUUCGUCUGUCACUGUCCUCCUGGAUACUCUGGGAUUCUGUGUGAAACAGACAUUGAUGAGUGCAAAGACAGACCAUGCCUCAACAACGCGUUGUGUAUGGAAGGCGCUGGCAGUUUCACCUGUGUGUGUGAACCAGGUUACACUGGUGUCCUGUGUGAGACAGAGUUGGUGGUGCUUCGGUUCAAUUCAUCUGAGACAGAAAACCAAACAGCCUUGUGUGAAGAGGAAGAUUGCAAGAAGCAUCAGAUUUGUGACUACACCAGCCUGGGAGUCUACACCUGUACAUGUGCUCCAGGCUUCUAUGGUGACAAGUGUGAAGAGGAAUGUCUUUGCCAGAAUGGGGGUGUCUGUGUGGACAUCAAUGGGACUUGUGACUGCCCUUCAGGCUACACUGGACUCUACUGUCAGUUUGAAGUAACCCAGACGCCAUGCAGCAACAGCAGGCCAUGUCCUGAUGGAGGUCCAUGUCUGGAGUAUGGGGGUGCCUACCUGUGUACCUGUCAGACUAGCGCAGCAGAACUAGAUCAUAAGGACUUCUACCCCUAUGUACAGCCGCAAUCGAUCUGCGACUCCUCUCCGUGUCUGAAUGGGGGCUACUGCUACGAGCGGGAUGGAGAUUACACCUGUGACUGCAUGUACGGAUACUGGGGGAAGCACUGUGAGAAAGUUAGACUCAAUACCUGUGCUUCUGGUCCCUGUCGCAAUGGUGGCUCCUGUAAGGAAGAGGCAGAGAGCUAUAGAUGUGUGUGUCCUUACAGAUUCACUGGAAAACACUGUGAAGUGGGGAAGCCAGACCCCUGUUCCUCCAGCCCCUGUCUAAAUGGGGGGACAUGUUUUCACUACAUAGGAAAGUAUAAAUGUGAAUGCACUGAGGCCUUCAGCGGCAGACACUGUGAAUUAAGCCGGAGCUCACUACAAACCUCCACAGGGCUGGGGUGUGGGCUGCCGCCACAAGUGAAGCACGCUGAAGUCCAGUUCUCCUCAACAACACCAGGCUCUAUAGCUGUGUACAUGUGCCACUCAGGCUUCACGUCUGUGCCCAGAGCCACUCAGAGCAUCUGUGGUAUCCAGGGAGACUGGAGCCAGCCACCACUUUGUGAGGAGAUCAAUGAGUGCCUGUCACAGCCUUGUCUUAACGGCGGUACAUGUCGAAACCAGGUUGGAUCUUACCACUGUCAGUGCAACGAUGGCUUCAGUGGAAGCCGCUGUCAAACAGAUGUAGAUGAAUGCCUGUCAGAACCCUGCAAACAUGGGGGGACAUGUGAGGACCAGCCUGGCUCCUACUUGUGUCAUUGUCCACAAGGCUUCAAAGGCCAGAAUUGUGAACUGGAGCAGGACACGUGUGAGUCCAAUCCCUGUCUAAAUGGAGGUGUGUGUCGGGGUCACAGAAAGAAUUACUUGUGCGUGUGCAAAGAUGGCUUCUUUGGGGACCAGUGCCAGAUGUUGGAUGACCCGUGUGUACUGAAACCAUGUGGAAACCGUGGCCGAUGUCUGAGUGACAAGAGAGGAAACUAUAACUGUGUUUGCAAAAUAGGACACACGGGCAAAGACUGUGAGAAAGACCUGUUGCCUCCUUCUGGUCUCCAUGUGCCGCGUGUGGAGGAGAAUGAGGUGGAGCUGCGUUGGGACGAGCCUAAGCCCUUCCACGGCCUGAUCAGUGGGUUCGCUGUUACCUAUGCCCCCCUUGGUAGGAGCGAUCAGAAAACAGACUUCCUGGACAGGUGGCAAUCGAUCCAUGUCAUACGGGGCCUGGUGCCUGGCCUGCUGUACAACAUCUCCACCUUUUCCAUCAAAAGCAACACCAAUAGCAAUGACACCAGCCAGCCCGCCACCGCACUAAUACGGACCAGACCUAGGCGGGUGGAGCAGCUGCAGGUGGUCAACAUUUCCUCAUCUCAGGUUUGGCUGCAUUGGUCGGUUCGGGCAACUCGUCAUGCAGCAGUCAGCAGGGUACAUGUGUCUUUAUUGUCUUCACAUGGGAGUGAGGCCCGCACUGCAGUGCUUAACACGAGCACCACCGAGUACACCUUCAGUUCAUUAUCUGCUGGUCAGAUGUACACAGUGGAUGUGUUGACUCAGAGUGGAAUAAGACCAGAUGAGUUUCCCUCCACCAGCCACUCAGCCGGACCACUGCAAUUCUGGACUAGGCCUCUCCCCCCACAGAAUCUCUCUCUGUCACAUGUGACCACUAACUCGGCGCUCAUCACCUGGAGCCGCAACCCAAGCAAUGUCCCAGAUGGCUAUGUGGUCAAUGUCACCCGAGGGUUGAAUACCAGGAGUCGCUUCCUGCCCAAUGGGAAAUUAGGAUCAUAUACCCUUCGUGAAUUGACGCCAGGACAGCAUUACUACGUGGCUCUCACAUCUGUCAAAAACACUGGGCAAGAACAGAUCCACAGCACAGCUCAGUACUUAGCCUUUACUACCUUGCCAAUGGAGGCCAGAUCACCAAGAAGAGAGAGACCAACAAUGACUGGACAGGGGACUCAGGUCAGACGCAGACCUCCCCCAUCACCGCCUCAAGAUCCAGCAGAAACAGAGAACUCAGAGGAACUGCCCAGAUACACAGAGCUCAGUGACAGAAGGGGAAAGAUAACAGCCAAGUUCCCUCAAUUGCCUCGAAAAGCCAUUCGACAUCGCGCUAAACCCAACCCACUAAUUAGAUUAGAGAAGAUGGAAGAAACAACAAACAAAAUCAGCCUCGCACUAGAGAUUCAAGAGGAAGGUUUAAAAACAAAGCCUGCGUGCCAGCGAGUGCCACACCCCUGCACCCGUCUCUAUUCUGAAACCAAGAGUGUGCCCGUCUGGGAGGAUGGAGUGUGCCACUAUCUGUAUAAAAGGACAUAUAAAGUACAGCAGGAUGUUUGUUAUCGAGAGAUUUGUGAACCGACGCUUCCCAAGAAAAACAGAAGAACAAACAAACGACAAUAAAGAGCUCUUGGAUACUAUUGAAAGGACUGUCAUCACUGUCAUGUGAAAAACCUUACUUCAGUUUUGGUGUGUAUAAUUUACUUGAAGCAACUGAUUAUGGUCAUCUUUUUGUUCUGGAAACCCCCUGUCGGUCCCGACUGUAACGUUUCAGAGACGGUCAUUCAUCUCAGAAUAAGGUUGCUGUUUGUACCUCCAUGCUUUAUGAAGAGCCCUCACUCAGUCAAAUGAAAAAAGUCCCAAAUCAUUUAUCAUUUGUGAGUCUGAUUUUUCAUAUAGAUACAGUGUGAAUGCAAAUAUUAAUGGUAAGCAGUCCGCUGCACUGCAUCGGAGACCUUCCAUACCUCAUUACCUUGUCCACGCUGACACAUUAGGAGAGGUUGUUUGUUGUGGUGUGAUUUAGCUGCAGGUUUGUCCCUCAGGGAAAUAACUGUAGAGUGUUCAGAGUCCCAGUCUUUAGACCAGCCCCAUGAUUUCACUAUGGGAAAUGCACAUUUUCUCCACACUCCAUAAACUCAUCUCUUCCUCUGUCACAGUAUUUUCUGUGUAAAAUAUCUUUCUCUGUCUUACCAAGUGUCACUGCUGGCUUUUCUGUAAAUAGUGUUUAUAGGCCAUUUUGUAGGUGAAUA